AUGUCUGAAUCCGAGAACAAGCUGCGGAACCGCGUCGUCGAUUCGAUCAGCAGGAGGGCCGAACAUGCUCUCACUGAAGACUAUGGCAAGGCGAGGGCAAUGGCUACUGAUGCCGUCCAGAGCCGGGCAUAUCUCUAUCCCAUAAAGGGAAUCUUCUACUUCAUCGCCCACCGAAGCCUAUGGCAGCCAUUGCUUGAUCGAGUUAUCCCCUAUGGCACGCUCACAGCCUCGGUGAUUGGCGCCAUGUUUGUGGUUGCUUACCUCCCUCAGCUCGCCGUCAUGGCGCUUUUCAAUGGCCCAUUGGCAGUGUACACGACAAUCCUCCUCACGCUAAAUGAAAGUUCCAUUAUUAUCCACAUGAUAUCUCGCACCUGGCUGCUCCAAGAAUCUCUCAUGGACACGUUUGAUGGCACAAUGGUUGCCAGAAACGCAACGGCCGUCGUCCAGCAGGGCCGAGAGGUUCAUGCCGGUAGCGAUCCUAUGAAAAAGCUGGGUAAGGCCUUUAAGAAGCGAUUCGAGAAGUGGAGCCUCACGGAAAUGGUUCGAUAUGUCAUGUAUCUGCCUCUAAACUUCGUCCCUCUCGUCGGCACCGCAGCCUUUAUUUUUCUCCAGGGAAAACAUAGGGGAAAUAUUGUGCAUAGUCGAUAUUUCCAGCUCAAGAGUUGGUCCGACUUGCAAAAGAAGCAGUGGAUCGAUACCCAUAGCGGUGCCUACGCAUCUUUUGGUGUCGUUGCUACCCUUCUCGAGAUGAUACCCGUGGUGUCUGUCUUCUUCUCCUACACAAAUACCGUGGGUGCCGCCCUUUGGGCUGCUGAUAUUGAAUCGCAAAAUAACCCCAUGGUUAAAGAGACUGCUCCAAAGCUAAGACAGGCCGCAGCCGAAAGCUUCGAGUGA